AUGUCGGAAUACCAGGAGACGGACUAUCGCGAACUAACACCUCGACAGAAGCUCUACAUCAUCAUUCUGCUUCUCCAAGCGGCCUUCGUCACAACAACAGCCCUCUCACCCCGCCACCUCGACCCCCGCCAACGAGCAACACCCAACCCCAACCUCCCCUCCCCCUCCCGGCGCUGGACCUGCCUGCGCACCGGCGGCGCCGAGACCUCCCGCCAGGACCUGCGCGCCACGCACGCCGUCUUCAACCGCCUCUACGGCCGGCCGCGGCUGACGGGGGACCCCAACGAGUGCUUCGUGGCGCGGUGCGACGGGUUCCACUUCUCGUGGUGCAACCUGGGGAACGGCAGGCGGCGGGAGGACGUGGCGGCGAGGGACGUCGUCGCGGGCGAGAUGGAUCCCGGGAGCGGGGUGAUGUGUCUUGCGGCGGUGGGCGGGGAGGGGUUUGAUGCGGAUUUGUUUUAUUUCUGGGGGAGGGAGGAGAGUGUUAGGAUUCCGAAUUAUGGGGGCGGGCGGACUGUCAGAAGCUGUUGA